ACUAUGGAAGAAAAAAUGUUUGGCGAAAUGCGUUACUUCACUUUUCAAGAUGGCUUGUUGCUAUUUUUCAUUCUGGAACCUUGGCAGUUUUAGAAACCCUUAACAGUUGUCCUUUCGACAACGUUGUAGUUUUACAAUUGCCAACAUUCCAUAUGUACAAAUCACAGAUUCAUUCCAAAUUUGGAAACCAAGUUCACAAUUUUUGUAAUUGGAUGUCUAUACGUACAUUAAUGUGGAGGACAGAUAGGAGAGAGUUAUCUACCGUUGGGUAUGUCAACGUUAAAGGCACAUUACUGGCAGAGAAAGAUAUAUUUCCAAAUGCCAAGUUUGGUUUCAACAUGAGAAAGCUUGAGGCUAGCACCUUACCCUGGCCACCUUUUGUAGAAUUUAACAACAAAACGAAACAAUAUACUGGAAUAUCAAUCGAACUAGUAAAGCAACUUGCAGAUGGACUUAAUUUCACAUAUGAAAUCAAAGAGCCACCAGACGGACAUUGGGGUAUUCAAUUGGAUAACGGUUCUUGGACAGGAAUGGUCGGACAGUUGCAACGUAGGGAAAUAGACUUUGUAGCAGCGCCAUUGACUGUUCAAGCACAAAGGGAAAUGGUCAUCGACUUUACUCAUCCAUAUUACCAUGAAACAGCAGUCAUUUUAAUGAAGACACCAGAUCAAAAUGAUUCACAUUGGACUCGAUUGCUUGAUCCUUUAAGUCCUAUCGUCUUUCUAUGCAUUGGACUAUCGCUUUCAAUUACUUCUUUCCUUAUUUUCAUUUUUGAAAAAUAUAACCCAUUUUACCGUUGUGAGAGGGAACAAAGAUUGAAUAAAAGAGGACUUCACCAUUUCUGUGAUUCCUUUUUGUAUAUGUAUGGAGCCUUACUCAGUCAAGGUAGUGGACAUGUGGCCGCUUCAUCUACGGGGAGAACAUUUCUCAGCGCAUGGUGGCUAUUUUGCAUAGUAGUUGCGGCAACAUAUAGCGGAAACUUUGUUGCAUUCCUAACAUACCAGAAAGUUGUUCUUCCUUUCAAAGAUAUCGAAGGCCUGAUAGCACAGAACACAUAUAAAUGGGGCACCACAGGAGGAACUGUGUAUGAAACUCUAUUCCAGACAUCUGAAGUACCUGCAGUCAAAGGAGUAUGGAAUGGAAUAGUUCAGUUUAGCAAAGAUGAUCCAUCUGUACUUGACCAUGAUACUCAAGCCCAUAUAAGAAAGGUUGAAGGUGGAAAUUAUGCGUAUUUUGGUGAUAGAACUCUUGUAGAACUAUCAAUGACUACCAGCUGCGAUUUGGUUUUGGCAUCAACUGAUAUUUUCUAUUUCACAUAUGCCAUUGGUCUUCCAAAUCACUCACCUUUUGAAAAGAUUUUUUCUGACGAAGUUAUAGCGGUACUUGAAAGUGGACUCAUGCAAUCUUGGAAAUUGAAAUUAUGGCCUAAACCAGGAUAUUGUAAACAAAUAUCUGCGACGGAAGCGAAGUCAAUAGGAAUUUUUGACAUACAAAUUUCUUUUUAUUUAAUAUCAUUUGGGAUAGCCAUUGCAACCUUUACGUUAUCUGUUGAACGGAUAAAAUUUUGGUGCUUGAAAACAUCAAGAAAACGCGAGAGAAAAGAAGAUGAAAUAGACCGUAAAGAGAACAGUAUAAAGACUAUUGAAUAUGAUGAAGUUUAUUCAAAUAUCAAAUAGGCGAAGGACAAGGUGUCGACAAAUGUUGCAGCAGGAAAAUAGAUAAAAAAGACCCAACUUAUUCUGAUAAUACAUAUAAUUAUUAACAAUUGCAAUAAUCACAUUUUUGAUGAAACAAUGACACACUGUAAAGACACCUGUCUAUUAAUUGACACCGUAUGUUGACUUCUAAGUGUUUCUCGUUUUUAUAUAGAUUUGACCAUUGGUUUUCCUGUUUGAAUGGUUUUACACUGGUCAUUUUUGGGGCCCUUUAUAGCUUGAAUUGCUGUUCGGUGUGAUCUAAGGCUCCGUGUUGAAGGCCGUACUUUGACCUUUAAUGGUUUACUUUUACAAAUUGUGACUUGGAUGGAGAGUUGUCUCAUGGCACUCAUACCACAUCUUCUUAUAUCUAUUCUAUAUGUCAUAUGAUCAUUUGUGUCGUUGUGUUGCUGUAUCACUGACUUGUACCCUACAUGUCUGUAAAUACUGUAUACUCAUAGUUUCAACAAAAAAUAGAUAAAAAUUACAAGUAAUAAAUAUAAGUAACACUGCCAUAUAUUAUUACAAGUUGUUACGAGGCUUUGGUUGAAUUAAAGUUCGUCUUUAUGGAGAACAAUAUAACAAGCGACAUUACAAUAUAACUAAUUACGUUACACAUCAGAGGUUUCGGAAGAUAUAAUGACUGCAUAAGGCAAAUCGGAGUAGUCUAAUCCGACUCUUUCUUCUUAUAGAAUGAUAAGUAGUGUGUGAAUUAUAAUUGCAAUGUAUUGAUAACGUAUUGCCAUCGGACAUCGCUAGCUCUGUAACACUAUUAAAUAGCAUUCAGGAAUAUUCAUAAUGUCAUUAUUCUGCAAACUUCUUUAUAAAUUGAAAGCAUAUUAAACCUGGUUUAAUAGUUAGCUAAACCUCUUACUUACAGACAUAACAGACAUUGCAUAUAACUAAUACUAAGGAAUAAUCUAGAAAAGGGUAAUUAUUGGCACCAUAUAUUGAUGAAUACACCAAUAUAGCAGUUUGAAACUCAAAGUCCUUCACUUUUAUGUCUAACAAUCCAUCUUGAAGUAUAAAAAGUACCCAAUUAUCAAGCCAGAACAAGAAUAUUAAUAAAAAAAAAAAGAAAGAAAAGAAAUAUUGUCACUUGUUAUUGUCAUCGUCACAAAAAUAAGUAACCAUACACUUAUACAGCUUUCAUUUUGUGUAAAAUUAUCCAUCCUAAGAAUAAUAAAACUUUCAUGCUAGGACAGAAUCAUCAUGACAGUCGAAUAGAAUUCCAUUAUAUUGACAACAAUGUGCGAGCAAAACGAACAGAAAUAAUAGGUAAAAAUGUCAAACAUUGGGGUACAGCAAUCAACAUUGUAAUAUAAUUGGUGUUAUUAUUUUGGUGUCAAUCUUCGAAUUAAAAUGAUUAAAGGGGUAACGCACCCGGUCUCGCCCCUUUUGGAGUUCAUGCGAUUAGCUCGGAUUUAGUUUGUUGCCGUGAUUUGUUUUUUGUAAUCAAAGUAUGAAAUUUGAACAUCGGUAGACUUUUGUUGCCUCAGUGUAUCCGAAGAUCCUAUAUGUUAGCUUUUCAUUGUUUAAACGGUGUUAAAAUCGUUUUAUAUAUGCACUGACUGAACAGGAAUCACUCGUCCACCCAAACCUCUAAAAAGUUAUAAUAAUAUAAAAGCUUCAAACAUUUAAUAAUUUGGAAUCGCAUGAGGUGUGGCAUACGGAUAGCUCACAACAUUACGUUUGUUUAAGAUCCUAUUAUAAGUCGUCCUUCUCGGUCGAUUUUAAGAAAGUGAUCUUGAUAGGAAGGAGACAGUUGUGUGAAAGAAAUUAGUUAGCUAAGAAAACAAUUGAUUAUCAUGCAAAAAUAAAAUAGUUUCUGUUGUUUUGAUUUAUCAUUUAGGACACAUAGAUAACGUCGACACAAGUUUGAAAUCAUAAAAAGGUAAUACCGUCAACUUAAACGACGAUAAAUUGCAAAGGACCAAUGUCACCUCAACGAUAAUCUCAUGUGGAACUUAAGUUAAAGUUAUCUGAUAAAUCAUUUUAAGAUAAUAUUUAAGACAGUAUAUUCCAAUAUAUUUUGU